UGCUAUGAACAAAAACAAUACAAAAAUGGACUCAAGUUCUGCAAGAUGAUCCUCUCUAACCCGAAGUUUGCUGAACAUGGAGAGACCCUGGCUAUGAAAGGAUUGACCUUGAACUGUUUGGGGAAGAAGGAAGAAGCAUAUGAAUUUGUUCGUAAAGGACUUCGUAAUGAUGUGAAGAGUCAUGUCUGUUGGCAUGUGUAUGGCCUGUUGCAGCGUUCUGACAAGAAAUAUGAUGAAGCUAUCAAAUGCUAUCGGAAUGCACUCAAACUGGAUAAGGAUAAUCUCCAGAUUUUGAGAGAUCUCUCUCUCCUGCAGAUUCAAAUGAGGGAUUUAGAAGGAUAUAGAGAGACAAGAUACCAGCUACUCCAGCUGCGUCCCACACAACGGGCUUCCUGGAUUGGAUAUGCAAUUGCAUAUCACUUGUUGAAAGACUAUGAUAUGGCCUUAAAACUACUUGAAGAGUUUAGAAAAACCCAACAGAUUCCUCCUAAUAAAAUAGAUUAUGAAUAUAGUGAACUGAUUUUAUACCAAAAUCAAGUGAUGAGAGAGGCAGAUUUAUUUCAAGAGUCUUUAGAACAUAUAGAGACAUAUGAAAAGCAAAUAUGUGAUAAGUUAAUAGUAGAAGAAAUCAAAGGAGAAAUGUUACUGAAGUUGGGAAGACUAAAAGAAGCUGGUCAAGUAUAUAAGGAAUUAAUUGAACGCAAUGCAGAAAACUGGUAUUACUAUGAAGGUUUGGAAAAAGCCCUCCAACCUAGCACUUUAGAAGAAAGGCUUCAAAUUUAUGAAGAUGUUAGUAAAAGGCAUCCCAGAGCAGUUUCACCUAGAAGAUUACCCUUAAACUUUGUUGCAGGUGAAAAAUUUAGAGAACUAAUGGAUAAGUUCCUGAGGGUUAACUUCAGUAAAGGCUGUCCACCCUUGUUUACCACUUUGAAAUCUUUAUAUUACAAUCCAGAAAAGGUUUCUACAAUCCAAGAACUUGUUACUGGUUAUGAAGCCUCCUUGAAAACCUGUGACCUUUUUAGUUCAUGUGAAAAUGGAGAAAAAGAGCCCCCAACGACACUGCUUUGGGUUCGGUAUUUCCUCGCGCAGCACUUUGACAAACUUGGCCAGUGUUCUUUGGCUUUGGAUUACAUUAAUGCUGCAAUUGCAAGCACUCCAACAUUAAUAGAACUGUUCUAUUUAAAAGCAAAAAUUUACAAGCAUGUAGGUAAUCUCAAGGAAGCUGCCAAAUGGAUGGAUGAAGCACAGUCUUUGGAUACUGCAGACAGAUUUAUCAAUUCUAAAUGUGCAAAAUACAUGCUGCGGGCAAAUAUGGUGAAAGAUGCAGAGGAGAUGUGUUCUAAAUUCACUAGGGAAGGGACAUCUGCUAUGGAAAACCUGAAUGAGAUGCAGUGCAUGUGGUUCCAGACUGAAUGUGCUGCAGCCUAUCAAAGGCUAGGGAAGUACGGCGAUGCCUUGAAAAAAUGCCAUGAAGUAGAAAGGCAUUUUUUUGAAAUAACAGAUGAUCAAUUUGACUUCCACACAUACUGCAUGAGAAAGAUGACUCUCCGUGCCUACGUAGACCUUUUGAGAUUAGAAGAUGUGCUCAGGAAACAUACCUUCUAUUUCAAGGCUGCUCGUUCAGCAAUUGAAAUCUACUUGAAGCUACAUGAUAAUCCUCUUACUAAUGAAAGUAAAGAACAAGAAGUGAAUUCAGAAAAUCUCUCAGCCAAAGAACUGAAGAAAAUGCUUAGCAAGCAAAGAAGAGCACAAAAGAAAGCAAAACUUGAAGAGGAAAGAAAACAUGCAGAAAGAGAACGACAACAAAAGAAUCAAAAGAAAAAGCGAGAUGAAGAGGAGGAGGAAACUAGUGGACCCAGGGAAGAGCUAGUUCCUGAAAAACUGGAAAGGGUAGAAAAUCCAUUAGAGGAAGCAAUUAAGUUCCUUAUACCACUUAAGAAUCUUAUUGGAGAUAACAUAGACACACAUUUAUUAGCAUUUGAAAUAUACUUUAGAAAAGGAAAGUUUCUGUUAAUGCUACAGUCUGUCAAAAGAGCUUUUGCUAUCAACAGCAAUAACCCGUGGCUACACGAAUGCUUGAUUAAAUUCUCUAAAGCUGUAUCUGAUCAUAGUAACCUCCCUGAAAUUGUGAACAAGGUCCUAACUCAAGAAAUGCAGAAAAUUUUUGUUAAUAAAAACUUGGAAAGUUUUAAUGAAGAGUUUCUCAAACACAAUGCUACCUCCAUUCAGCACCAGCUGUCAGGUGCAAAAAUGAUGUAUUUCCUGGACAAAUCAAGACAAGAAAAAGCAAUUGCUAUUGCUACAAGAUUGGAUAAAAAUAUGAGAGACAAAAAUGUGAAGACAUUAACAAAGGUUUCUGAGGCGCUGCUUGACGGCAGCUUUGGGAGCUGCCCCACUCAAUGUGAAGAAUACCAAGCAGCAUGUCAUAAACUGUUUCCUUUCACAUCUGCCUUCAUGCCUGCCACAAACGAGGAGGACAGCAGCAUUGCACCCGUGAACCACACGGCCCUCAACCACGACGUGCUCUCCAAUGAGGUCUGA